CGCAGUGUAACAAGGAAGCGGAAGUGCUUGCUGUUGCCAUUAUAAAAUACAACUGCAAUCUGGUGGCUUUGUGGAUUCGUUCAGACGCGCUGUCCCGGGUCCAGCUCGCCAUGAACCGGCUUUCUGAAGAUGAUGAUCCUUAUGUAGUUGAAGAACCCAGCGACGAUGAACCAGUUUUGAGCAGUUCUGAAGAUGAAGUAGAUGUGCUUUUACAUGGCACUCCUGACCAAAAGCGAAAACUUAUCAGAGAAUGUCUUACUGGUGAAAGUGAAUCAUCCAGUGAAGAUGAAUUUGAAAAAGAAAUGGAAGCUGAAUUAAAUUCUACCAUAAAAACAAUGGAAGAUAAGUUGUCAUCACUAGAAACAGGUUCUUCCUUAGGAACUGUGAAAACUUCAAUGGUUCUGCCAAAGUAUUAUGAUAACAUAUAUUCUGAUUCUGAUUCUGAGGAUGAAGACACAGUAAUAUCACAAGUGAACAAGAAGAAAAAACAGCAGUGUCAGAUGCCAACAAAUGAUGAAUUAUUAUAUGAUCCUGAAAAAGACAGUAGAGAUCAGGCCUGGGUGGAUGCACAAAGAAGAGGAUACCAUUGUUUUGGAAAGCAACUCUCUCACCAACAACAGGCUGUUCCAAAUAGUGAUGCUGUCUUGAAUUGCCCUGCCUGCAUGACUACACUGUGCCUUGACUGCCAGAGGCAUGAAUACUACAAAACUCAGUACAGAGCAAUGUUUGUGAUGAAUUGUUCUGUCAACAAAGAGGAGGUUCUAAGAUAUAAAGGCUCAGUGAAUCAGAAGAAAAGGCGGGGCCAUAAGAAAAUGAAGUCUGACGGUGAAGAUUGCACAGUUCAAGCAGAGAAUGAAGAACUGUACCACCCAGUAAAAUGUACUGAAUGUUCAACUGAAGUAGCAGUAUUUGAUAAGGAUGAAAUCUUCCAUUUCUUCAAUGUUUUAGCAAGCCAUACAUAAAAGCACAAUUGACAAUUUGCACAUCAAAAUAUACUAUAUAAAAUAUAAAAGUAUGUAGUCUUUUUGCUAGUUUGUACAUUUAAGAAUAUCUAAAAUUAUCAUUUGAGGACACAUUUUUAAUCUUGAUAAGAAGUGUUUACUAACUUUCAGGCCAAUUUGAAUGCUAAUUUGGCAAUCACUGUAUUUAGCAAGUAGCUUUAUGUUUAUUAGAACUCUCUAGAAUAAACAUUUUCCUGAAUUACAGCA